GUGCAGUUGUAGUCACUUAUUUUAGGCCGAAUACCACUAUACUGUCAAAAAUAACUUAAACAGUCACAAAUGUUAAUUUGUACGCUACUUUCGUUUUCAAUGACGGAAAUAGUCCUCGCAUUUCUUUGCGUGACCGACAUCCAUACACGUGAUGUUGGCUUAGAAGACAAACGUAUUUUGACACAUCCUAGCUUAUUUUACAUCGUACCAGUUCAGCUUAUAGAGUUUAUUUAUAUUUCGCUGUCAUGUACUGAUAUCGAUUAUCAACGACCUUGUACUUUAGAAUGUGUAGUCAUAUUUAGGUUUAGCUAUUCUGCGUAUAAAGUGGAUUAAUGUGAAAAAUAAAGCCGUUUUAACACAUAUAAUUGAGGUGAAUUGCAGUUUUAAAUGGAAGUCGCCGGUAGAAAAUUAGAAGCUGAAGAAGACAAUCCAAGAGAUGAACGCGUGUUUUGUGAACCAUGUGAAGUUGAAAACACGAAAACACAAGCAAACGGAUCAUGUAGGGAAUGUAAAGAGUACAUGUGCACCACAUGCUUCCGGCAUCACCUGAAGGGUAAAAUGUGUAGAAAUCAUGUGCUACUGCCCAUAGGAAAGCUGUCUUCAAUGUCACUAGAUAGCAGUAAGGAAACCGUUGAAAAAUGUGAGAAGCACGACAAUGAACCAAUAAAAUUCUAUUGUCGUAAACAUGAUAUUGUAGGGUGUGGCGACUGUAUAGUGUUAGGGCAUGCAACUUGUAAACCAGAAUAUAUCAAAGAUCUAGCGAAAACAUUCAAAAAUGGAGACGAAUUCAAAAACCUAGUAAAAAAGCUGGACAUGCUGGAGGUAUACAGGACAGAAAAUGCUGGAACAAUUAAAAAGAAUAAGGAUGAUAUUAAAUUGAUGAAUGAGAAAGCCCUGAAAGAAAUUCGACAGUUCAGAUCAGAUAUAAAUAUCUAUCUGGACAAGGCAGAAGCAAAUAUCUUAUCUCAGGUAAAACAGAUAGCCGCGGAAAACACAGAAAUGCAGAGAAAGCUCGAACAAGACGUAAAGGGGUUGACAUCAGAACUUGAGGAAGUAAAACAAAAGUUAAACACACAGCUUCAUCAUGGACAUGUAUUGUUUAUCAAUGCAAUUAAGUGCAAGUCUAAACUCGGUGACAUUGAAAAGAUGAAUGCAAAAAUAAAGCAAGAACAUAGCGUGAAAAGGUUCGAGUUUAUUCGUGACGAGAAUAUCGCAGGGAUAUUAGAAGCUGCACACCAACUGGGGAAACUGAAGAUUGAUUCAUGUCUUGAUGAAAAAGUGAAACAAUCCGAUUUUGUUGUUGGGUUACGUGUUCGUCGGGGCCCUGAUUGGAAAUGGGAAAAUCAGGACAGAGGAGGACUAGGUACUGUGAUAGGAUUUAAUCGUAAUGGCUGGGCAAGAGUGACCUGGGAUAAAGGGGGAACUGAUAGUUACAGAAUCGGACAAGAAGAUGCCUUCGAUCUUGAAAUAGUUUAGAAACACCACAUGCAUAUAAAAACUACGUGCUUAAAACACGUAUUGUUCAUGAAAGAUGUUUUCCACAGUGACGUUGAAAAUGAUUCAUCAAAACCUGACUGUUUUAUAAGGAUUACGACAAAGUCAGAUUCACUGAAUUCCUACGGUAUAUUUUAUUUUCAUAAGAUAAUGGUUUUACUGAUUUUUGUUUAAUCUCACUUGCCUUAAAACUUUUUUUUUUAUAGAGCACCGGUUUAAAUAAUAAUUUCUCGCUUCGCAGCAGAAAGAAGUAGUAAUAGACAUUAUUUGUCUAUCCGAAUAUCAUUUCUUCCCAGUCUAUAUCCUGACCAUAUCAGAAAUUGUAUAAACUGGCAAACAUUUUACACAACGUUGGCUCCGUUUAACCCUGAUCAUGCUGGACUCGAAUGAUUCUGUUUUUGCGACCAGUGCAGAUUAUGAACAGUUUGCACAUCCGUGCAGUUUGAUCAUGACAUGCAACUGUUCGCCAUUCAGUCAGUAUCAUUUUGUUUUUUGCUAAGCACCCCUUUUAACAGUUAGUGGUACUGUCCAAAUUGAAAGAUGGUCAAGUUCAUUAUAGAAAUGUUAAACAAGUUAUAAAAUGUUAUAAGAAGUGAGUUGACGAUAUUUAUGUAAAUACGUCUGAACUUUUAUCAGCCUAUUCUUCAUUUUCUAGCAGACUGUUAAAAUGAUAUAUUUAUUCUGUGAUUACCUCACCAUUACCAGAUUAUAUUCUAAUAACCUGUAAUAAUGAUAAGAGGAAAAUGUGCAAGCAGGUUCAUAAAUUUGGUAUACAGUUCAGUACGAUAAAAUAUUUUGGGACGCAUCUAAUAAAGAUGAAUUUCUUAAUGCUCUUAAUUGUAAAGCGCAUUUAUUUGAUGAUGUAACGGAUAAGCUUCUGUCUGGAGAUUAUGAUAUAAAUGAAUGUAUAAAUUGCUUUUCAAAUCUCGUCCAUGGGGUAUCAUAUAACUGUUUCGGAAAAACUGAUACGAAUAAACCUAAACAACGAAAGAAAACUGUUUGGUUUAAUCAUGACUGUAGAAUUGCUAAAGGAGAUUUUUUAAAUGCUAAACGAAAGAUGUUGUUAGAAAAUUCUGAGGUUAAUCGAGUCACUUUUUUAACUUGCAGGUCCAAUUUUGCCAAAGCAGAGGGAAGAGCUAAAAAAUAUUUAUAGCAAGGAAAAAUAUAAACUAUCCAAACUUAGCAAACAAUCACCAAGAAAAUUUUGGAACUAUUUAAAUAAAUUUCGAAAAUUUAAAAAUAUGUCUACUGAUUUAAAUAUUGAUGACUUUGCAAAGCAUUUUUCUAAGUUCUAAUAGCAGGCCUGAUGAUUUAAAUAUUGAAUCGGAAUUUCAAAGUACACGUGAUAAUGUGUUAGAUGUUGAGCAGCUUGAUUGUGUUAUCAGUAUAGAAGAAAUUCACAAAACAAUCUCGUUGUUGAAAAGAAAUAAAAGUAGUGAUAUUGAAAAUAAUGUGGCUGAUUUUUUUAUCGAUGCGAAAUUUUUUAUAUCGCCUUAUUUGUGUACCAUAUUUAAUUAUAUAUUCGAUAGUGGUAGCUAUCCCGAUGCAUGGACAAAGGGAGUCAUUGUGCCUAUAGUUAAAAAAGGUGAUGUAAUUAAAUGAUUGUUCAAAUUAUAGAGGCAUUACCCUUGUGAAUGUCAUAGCAAAAAUAUUUCUUUAUUACUGAGAAAUAGAAUUAACAAAUGGUGUGAGAAUGAACAUGUUUUUAACGAUUCUCAGUUCGGUUUUCGAGAUGGUCACUCUACUUCUGAUGCAAUUUUUCUGUUACAUGCUGUCAUUCAAAAGGUUUUAUCUAAUAAUUCCAAGUUAUGGUGUAUAUUUGUAGAUUAUAAACGUGCUUUUGAUACUGUAAGCCGUGAGGCAUUAUGGGAGAAACUUAUUAAAUCAGGUAUAAGUUGCAAGAUGAUUAGAAUGAUUAAGUCAAUAUAUAACAAUGUUCAGUCAUGUGUACGUAUGUCAAGCUCUAUGAAAAUGUCAGAGUUUUUCAAUGUCACUAUCGGCUUAAAGCAAGGAGAACCCUUGUCACCGAUAAUGUUUAUUCUUUUUGUUAAUGAUAUAGUUGAUAAUAUUGAUAUGAAUUCUUUGACUGAGAAUGACUUAGACUUAUUGUCAGAAUAUCUUAUUUUAUUUGCAGACGAUAUUGUUUUAUUCACCACAGAUCCAAAGAGUCUGCAAGCACAAAUUGACAGUCUAUGGCACUAUUCUGUUAAAUGGGGCUUAGAAAUUAAAAUAGAUAAGACUAAAAUCUGUAUUUUUGAGAAACGAAAAUGCAAUGAUAACUUAGAAUUUUUCAUAAAUGAUAAAAAAGUUGAAAUUGUUGACAGUUUUAUUUAUUUAGGAAUUAAAUUUACACGUACAGGAAUUUUCAGAGAUGCUGUUAAGCUUCUUCAUGAUCAAGCUCUUAGAGCUUAUUUUAAUCUUCUAUCCUUAUUUGAUCGUGUGGAUAUGGAUGUUAAUACAAAAUUGUCUUUAUUUAAUUCAAUGGUCCUACCUAUUUUACUAUAUGGCGCAGAAGUUUGGGGUGUCUACAAGUUAAAAGAAAUUGACAAGUUACAUGUUCGGUUUUGUAAAUACCUUCCAGACCCCAAAUUAUGCGGUGUAUGGUGAAUUAGGGGUACUACCUUUGUCUGUUGUUUGUAAAAUAAGAGCAAUGAAAUUUUGGUUAAAGAUCAUGAAGGACCCUAAUACUGCUUUAUAUGAUAUUUAUCUUGACCAGUGUAGAACUAUUAACGGUAUUUGCUGGUCAAAUCAAAUUAACUCUAUUAUAGAUCACCUUGGUUACACGGAUAUACGCAUGAACUUUGAUAAUAAUGUGAACCGUAUUUCCCGUUGUUGAAAAACAGAUUAUAUGAUCAAUUCAUUCAAGAGUGGAGUGAAUCUAUAAAUGCUAUGCCUAAAUUGGACAGUUACUGUAAAUAUAAAACGUCAUUCUGUUUUGAGGAUUAUAUUGUGAAAUUAAAAAAUACUGAUUUACGAAAAUUGUUUACUUGCAUGAGAUUAAGUUCUCAUAAGCUUGAAAUUGAGAUUGGUAGAUAUAAUAAUAUAGAUAGAAGUAACAGACUAUGUAAGAUUUGUAACCAAAAUGUUGUGGAGUCAGACUAUCAUUUCAUUCUUUGUUGUAGUAAAUAUACUGAUAUUAGAAAAAAGCACCUUGGUAAUACACAAUGGCCCACUGUCCAAAAAUUUAAUAAUUUAAUGUCUUCAAAAAAUGCGAAGGUGCUUGUUAAGCUUGCUAAGUUUAUUAAAGAAGCCACGCAAUAUAGAAUUGAUACACUUAAAAACAAUACUACAUAAUGUAACGUAGAUUAUUGUAUAUGUUUUGUUUGUUUAGAUGUUUUCUAACAUUUUUGUUUUUCUUCUGUAAUUUAUAUGUUUGUUUAUUGUAUGCAUACACUUUUACUUUUUUGAACUGUAUAUGUAUACAUGUAUUUGUAUCAAUUGUUAAUAUGCCAUGUUCCUCUUAUAUUUGUUAAUGGCCAAAGGCAUGUGUAAUGCCGAAUUUUCCGAAUAAACCUUGAACCUUGAAUUCAUCUCACGAAUGUCGAGCUGAUUUUCAGCUUAUAUUGGAUGAGUAAACAAUAAAUGCCUUGUAACAGUAAGCUUUAAACACUUUUAAACACAAAGUUUUUAUGGUCAGCUUUGAUGUUCGACUGUUCGUCUAGCACUGGUUUGAUGACACUUUGAUUUCCACAUUUUUGAAGCAGCGGGCACAUCCACAUUGUAUAGGUAUAAUAAUUUAAAUGACAAAGCUCAUUUUUUCAGUUCUUUGUCUUUGAUAGUACAGAUACUAA